AAAGCAUAUUCGUCGUGCCAAACAAGCUAUUUCUCUUUUACUUUCCCAAGUUACCAUCGGUAAACGUUGCCGGAGAUAUUGUUGGAGAUAUGGCCGGAUUACUGGAUAAGGCGAAGCAAUUUGUUGCGGAUUCAGUGGCAAGCAUGAAGAAGCCGGAGGCAAGUGUGAAGGAUGUCGAUCUGAAAGGUGUUGAUUGGAGUAAUGUCACCUACAACGCUGAAGUCAACGUUACAAAUCCUUACAGUACAUCUAUUCCGAUCGGCGAGAUCCGUUACAAUCUCAAAAGUUCCGGCAGCGUGAUUGCAUCAGGAACGGUCCCUGACCCAGGUUCGCUUAACGGGAACUGUGACACCUUGUUAAAUAUCGAGAUUAAGGUGCCGCACAAUGUGUUGGCCUGCUUGGUGAAGGACAUUGCUUUGGAUUGGGACCUCGACUAUGAGAUUGAAGUCAUCCUCGUUGUUGAUCUUCCGCUCAUUGGAGACAUUAGCAUACCCGUGAAUAGAAAGGGUGAGAUGAAGCUCCCAUCACUCUCGGAUUACUUUAAUAAAUCCGAAUGAGCCUUUGAGGCACAGAGAAUAAGAUCAGUCCCAUGAUCAGAUAUGUUUCAAUUAUGAUUUAACACGUAGUCAUGUAUAAGCAUUUGAAAUUCAAACGAUUAUAUAUAUUUUGGUGAUAUAUACAAGCUUAUACUCGUUAUCAUGCA